AUGAACGCGUUUCGCGUGAGGCACAUCGAACAAGCUUUACAGCUGUACUACUCUCCUCAGGCAUCACGUAACCUCCCUCUUGAUUUGUUUCUUCGUUAUUAUUACAACUGCAACAGAAGCAUCGGCAGCAACGACAAGAAAUACAUCACCGAGCACCUUUUUCAAAUCGUCAAAUGGAAAGGUCUUCUUGAUCACAUCACUCCACCCCCUGCCUCCUGGUCUAGCCGAAUACGCACGUCAAAUGGAAAGGUCUUCUUGAUCACAUCACUCCACCCCCUGCCUCCUGGUCUAGCCGAAUACGCACCUACUUCGUCUCUGACAGGUACAUACAAACACCACAUCGCUUCUCUUAUUGAUUCCUUUGUAGCAGCUACAGCCACUGCAGCACCUGCAGCAGCUCCACCAGCUGUACCAGUUGUAGCAGCUGCACCCGCCGAAACAGCUACAGCAGCUGUGGAAGCUCCUCACACAGAACGAAAGGCUACCUGCCACUGUGUUGCCGUAGAGAAGAGCCCCAACAGUCCCCUCGCUUUAGUCCUUCCUCGCCGCCAACGGCUCGGUGAUCUGCCGGAAUUUCAUCGAGGAUAUUUCGAAAUUCAAGACGAAGCGAGUCAGCUCGCUGCGCUGAAAGUAGAGACGAAACCAGGAGAGAAAGUGCUAGAUUACUGUGCGGGCAGCGGGGGUAAGACGCUGGCGUUUGGCCCCCUGAUGGAGAACAAAGGAAAAGUUUAUUUGCAUGAUGUUGUGUGUGAUGUACCCUGCACCGGCACCGGAGCGUUGCGGCGGAGUCCCGAGAUGAAGUGGAAAUACAGCGACGAGAAUCUUAUGGAUCACAUUGCUCUCCAACGCCAUAUCUUUAGCACCGCCUUGCAGUACAUGAAGCCGACGGGGAGAAUCGUGUACAUCACGUGCAGCAUAUUAGAUGAGGAAAACGUUCAUCAGGCCAAGUUCUUCUGCCAGAAACACGGCCUCGUCCUCACGGAACCUCCCUUUCAUUCACUGCCGACGUCGCGAGGCAUGGAUGGAUUUUUCUGUGCAACUUUCGCCCGCCCGUGA